GCUUUUGGUUUCCUCACCUCUCCGGGAGGCCAUGGCCAGGGUCAUUUAUCCACUUGGCAAACAUUUCCUGAGCACCUGCCGGUCCAAGCGCUGGGACAGGCACUCCUGGGCCUAUGGUGCAGCCGGGGAGGCAGGCGCGUCACCGGGAGAUCCCAAGACACUGCCAGGUCAGAGGCGACCAACUAACUAGCCUGGGCACGGGAGGGCCCGGACAGCCUGACUUCUCGGAGGAAGCGGUGCAGGGAUCACCUCACACCCUGUAGUGCCCUCUGAGACCCGGCGGUGGACUCUGGGUUCAGCCUGCUACGGGCUCACAGGACCCAGCACCGCCGGGGUCCCUUCUAAGCGCCUUUGCCUCACUGAUCGUCAUGUUCCCGGGACCGAGCCGCCAGAGCGGAGGUCACCGCUUCUCUCACACUCCAGGCCGAGAACGCACAGCGCGGCGUGUCCCUCGCGGGACCCCGUCACCGCGCCACGCCCCUUUCCGCUUCCCGGAAGUGCGCGUAGGAGCGGAAGUGCACGCCUGCUAGUAUCGGCGGUGUUGGUUCCGCGAUGGUGGGCGGCGGCGGGGUUGGCGGCGGCCUGCUGGAGAAUGCCAACCCCCUCAUCUACCAGCGCUCUGGGGAGCGGCCCGUGACGGCGGGCGAGGAGGACGAGCAGGUUCCCGACAGCAUCGACGCACGCGAGAUCUUCGAUCUGAUUCGCUCCAUCAACGACCCGGAGCAUCCACUGACGCUAGAGGAGUUGAACGUAGUAGAGCAGGUCCGGGUUCAGGUUAGCGACCCUGAGAGUACAGUGGCUGUGGCCUUCACACCAACCAUUCCGCACUGCAGCAUGGCCACUCUUAUUGGCCUGUCCAUCAAGGUCAAGCUUCUGCGCUCCCUUCCUCAGCGUUUCAAGGCCCUGGUUAUCUCCCUCCCAGAUGGACGUGCACAUUACCCCAGGGACCCACGCCUCAGAGCAUGCAGUGAACAAGCAACUUGCAGAUAAGGAGAGGGUGGCAGCUGCCCUGGAGAACACCCACCUCCUGGAGGUUGUGAAUCAGUGCUUGUCAGCCCGCUCCUGAGCCUGGCCUUUGGCCCCUGCCAGCCUGCAUACUGGUGUCCUGCUCCCAGCUCCGGUCAGGACUCUUACCCUUGUUUUCUUGAAUCACUCACAAUGAGAAACUAACAUUUUGCUUUUUGUAAUAAACUUAAUUUAUAUUCAGUUCCCAG